AUGUGGCAAGCUUGGUCAUCCCGAAUCGCGGCCAAGAAACCCAACACCAACAACAAACCAACGGCAGCCUCAGCAUUAGCUCCAACAGGAGCAAAGGCUCCGAGCCCAAAAAAUCCUCUCUUCUUUGAGAGUCAACAACAUCAAAUUUUGAAGAAUGCUCUCUCGGCCCGACCACAACCGAUCGUUGCAUCAUCCAAACAUCGAAAUAAUAAUUUUCAACAACAUUAUAAUAAUUAUGAGGAGGAUGAUGACGAUGAUGAGGACGAUGUUAUAUUUAAUCCGCAAUUAGCCAAUUUCAUCUCGUUUGAGAAAGAGGCUCAUAACUCACAAAAAGAUUUCUAUGAGGAUGAAAGUAAAGACGAUGACACAUCAACGAAUAAUGAAAAUUUGUUAUUGGAAAAAACCAGUCCUCUACACAGUCAAGAGAAAGAAAUUAUUCAACAAUUUUCUAGGAACAUUAUUGCUAGCUCGCAAACUUCUUCCGUUCCGAUUGGAGACCGAAUGGUUGAUGAUGAGGACAACGACACGAUUCAACACCACGCUCGAUCGUCACUGUCAUCAUUGGCAAGCCAAGCCUUAUUCACAUCAAAAAAGAGCAGCACGAGCACGCAAAACAAAAAAUCCAGCAGUACUACUUCAAAAUUAAUAACAGAUGACCAAAGCUCAGAUGAUGAGCUUUCUGUCAAUGACGACGACUUUGAAAAAUAUUUUGGUGGGAGUUUGCCUAGUUCUUUAAAUUCUAGCAGUGGCAAGAAGAAGCAAAAGAAAGCUUCUUCAACUAAGAGACGAAAGAAAACAACCCAACUUCCAGACAAAAUUUCUGGAAUUUAUCAUUCCGAUGAUGAUCAAGAUAUUGAUGGCCUCAAUGAUAUUAUGAAUUUUGACCAUGAGGACUCACAACCACGAUCUGCAGCCAUCACAACCGAGAAUGAUUCGUCAUCAUCUGCCACAGGUACUGAAUCAGCCAGCUCAUCGUAUCAACACGAAUUUUCUCAACCCUUGACACCACCAGAGAGGACAUACAAGGCUACAAAAAAGAAGCAAUCAACCGCCGCCAAAAGCACAUUGUCAUCAUCCCUCAACACAUCCAAAUAUUUCACUCCUCAAUCUUCAACUUCAAAAAGAAAAUCAGCAGCUACUCUUAAUAAUAUCUCUUAUAUUUUACCAAAAGAAAUUGAAGAAGAGGACGACAUUGACGAAUUUUCAGAUGAUGACGAUAAUAUCCUUCCUGUACCAGCUCUAGUUGCAAUGGGCUCGAGUGGUGCCUUAUUUUCCAAUGUUCCUCAACAGAAUUUAAUGCAAAAUUCGGCCAUGCUAUCCUCCUAUAUUGCUCAACAACAGCAUGUUCACAACAACGCUACUCCCAAGUCGAAAUCAAUCAAUGUCGACGAUUUAAUUGAGAGUGAUAGCGAUGAAGAACCAUCAAAUGCAGCAGACACGAGCUCUGAAAUGGAUCAACGAUUUAGUCAAAUGGUUGCAGCAACUAAUUCUUUGUCACAACAUGCUCAAACAACACCAGCCAAAACUGCAACAGUUCACCCCUCUUCGACAUCAAGUACAGCCUCAAAGAAAAAGACUACCGACGCAAGUAGUGCCCGAAAGGAUUUAAUUUUGUCAGGUGAGGAUGGUUUUGAUCUCGACGAACGAUUGAAAGGUAUCAGAAGGAAAAGUACUCGUCAGUCAGUCAAUGAAAAUGAAGUUGAAAGAUUGUUGUUCCACAAUAGCAAACAGAGAAAAUCGUCUUCCCUUGCUCACUCGGAUGACAUGAUUGAAGAUGACAAUUCUACCACUACUGCCACUCAUCCGACCCAAAUACUAACUGGAUCGAGUUGGUUGGAUAGUAUUAGAAAAUCUUCAAAGCAACAACAUCAACAUGGUGGAUCGAAUGUUCCAGGAAUUACUCUCUCACAACAAUCAAAUCAAGGCAAUGGUGACCAAUUCUUUUCUCAAUGGGAUCAUUUGAAGAAAAUUCUCUCGACUCGUUCACAAGGUAGAUUUGUUUCAAAACUUAAAAGAGCUAUCAAUGGAGGUAUGAACGAGAAGGUAUUUCAAAAAUUCAGCUCUGAAAUUAAUUUGAGUCAACAACCGACCAAGGAAGGUCUUGUACUCAAAAUUCUAGUAUUCAAUCAAGCCUUAUCUCAAGCGUAUCCUCAUUUGGUGAUUGGAAUUUGUAAAAUAGUGAGCAGACCUCAGUCUUCUGAUAAUGAGCGAUUGGAUCAAGUUCUUCAUGAGAAUGAUUUCAUUGACGUCUAUUUUGCGAAGGAAAUGAAAGAAAAAUGGAAUUUGAGACCAGGAAGCAUUGUUGAAAUUUCAACUCUUUUCCAUAUCACUCCACCUCAAGAAAUACCUGGUUUGCAUUCAGGUCAACCUUCGCAAUGCAAUGAACCAAUAUUCAUUUACAGACCUAGGCCUGUAUUGAGCUAUUUCUUUGAAAUGAAAUGUAAAGCUCAGACAUCUGAUGCCAAUGAACUUUCUCAAGACAUUAAGGAUCUUCAAACCAAGUUCAGUUAUCCAAUGCUGUCAUCUUCGUCAGACGAUCAUCAACAACAGCAUAGAUCCAGCAUGAUGGUCGACAACGAAUCGAAUGGAGCAUCGUUACCAACAACACCUCCACGGGCCAACAACAAAUCUCGAACGAACACUCCUGACUUUCUCACACCUUCACAUGUUCGUCAGAGAAAUGUCAUUGCCACACCAAAACGACUCGAUUUCAGUGACAAUCAAGAGACAACAUCAUCAUUUGAAAGAAAUUAUCACCUGAUUUCAAGAAUUACCUCUGGACCUCUCACAAAGAAAUUUGAAACCGUAUAUAGACAUCUACAUUCUGCCUUCUUUCCUUCUUAUUAUUUAAAUAUUGAAGGAGUCAUUCAGAGAGUUUGGAGUUUUGAUUUCAUGAAGAAUAUUCUAGCAAACAAUUACAAGACGCUUCACAUUCCACAAUUGACAAGUGCUGAAGCUCAACUCUCCAAUACCGUACUCAUUCAAUGUGUCUCCACAAAGAGUCUCUGUAUUUUAUUGUUGCCAUCAGGUGAUACUGAAUAUUCGUAUUGGAAAUCAAUUUUUGAUUACAACAUUUCUCAAGGCAAGGUAAUUCAAUUUCAUGUGUGUUCUUUCAAGGAUCGUGUGUAUAUUGGACCAGAAGAUGAAUUGUACAGUAUUAUUGCACCACUGUAUCACCACAAUCAACAACAAGACACCAUGUCAGAUUCACAACAUAGUCAUAGAUCGACAUGCUCUGAAAAUUCUUCAUCGACGACGACCAAUCCACUCAUUCCACUCUACUUCUUUACCACAAACUCGCAACAUAGUACAUGUAAAUAUGUCAUUCCAAGGAAUCAUACGGGGGUGAUUCAAUCAAGUUUGUGUAGCAAUGAAGCUUCUUCCCUAUUACUUGAUCCACUAGUGGAAAAUAUUACUCCUUACUCCUCGUACAAACAUCAAUUGUUCUAUAGUUUUGAUCAACCCAUUUCAGGCGAUACUCAACAAUCGAAUGGUGGCGUGGAAGAUGUCACCAUGAUGGUGGAUGACGACAGUGAGAAAGGAGGAGAAUUGAGAAUUCAUCGAUGCGACAUUGAGGGAUCUGUAUUGUUUAUUAAGGAAACAGAUCAAGUACCUUGGACUGAGACGCAAAAUUCCAUCGCAACAACUCAGAACGGUCAUCACGAAAAUACGUUAUUCACUCUGUACUUGUUGCAAAAACAUUCAAGCAUGAUAUUGAAAUUGGACAGUAGUGUUUCAACAGGAUCUUCUUUGUUGUAUUCUGUUGCUAAAGCCAUUCAACAAACGAAUCGUGAGAUUAUUUUACAGAAUGUUUCAGUGAAGAGACAUGUCGCUGAAAAGGAAGCAAUUCAUACAGAAUUAAUUCUCGACAAAUUCUCAAUGCUGUAUCUUCCAAAUCAUGCACUACCAACACAGAAUUCUUCCGAAGGAGAAGGAAAUACCAAUUUCAUGAUAGAUUUAACUCAAACACUACUUCCAUGGUGUGUGAAAUUGAGAGGAAUGGAUCAACAAAAGAAACUUGUUCAUCGAAUGAAUGAUUCGACAGCAGUCAAAGGUCUAGAAUAUGAAUACACAUGCACAAACAAUUCCAUUGGUUUGGUUGAAGGCUAUGUCACUGAAGUGAUCGAAGAAGCGAAUCGAGGUCCAACCAUUUCAUUAUGUCCACAUUGUCAUCGAUCACUACAUGAUCAUACCGAUGAUUCUCCCAAUUGGAGAGAGACAGAAGAAGGACAACGAAUGUGUAUGCAUUGUUUUGCUACAUUCACCAAGCCACAAUUUGAGCUCUAUUUCAAAGUUAAAAUUGGAAAUAGCGUUGUGCUCACUCUUGACACAUUAGCCAUCCAACAAAUGUUCUCUUACAAGCAAACAACCAAGCAAAAUAAGAAAUUACCAGUCUCAGGAAAUGAAACGUACAAGCAAGCAAGAGAUUUGGUGUUGAAUCAUCAUUUGCGAUUUUUAUGUCAUUGUGACACGAUCGAGAAUAAUGUGGAAAAUGGCAUGAUGACAUCUUCUCACAAGGAAGGAAAAAGUAUGACACCUUGCUAUCAUUUCUCCAUUGUUCAUGGAGUUAAAGUGUGA